CCGAGACCGCCGCCGCCACCGCAGCCCCCUCCACCGGCGGCCAUCUUCGCCCCUGACACAAACACAAGCCUACCGUUGGUCGUCCACCGCCAAUUUGGACGACCACCGAACCACAGCCGCCGCGGGGCCAAUCUGUCGCCAUGACCUCCCUGUAAACCAACUUGCCCGGCCGACAAAACCUCUCCCGCCGUCCGCGCGUCUCUUCCCCGGCGAGGCGGCGCUCCGUCGCGAUGCUGCGCCUUGGACAUCAUCUCCUGUCCUCCAUCCGCACGGCCUCGCCUCGCCACCGCUGCCUCCUCUCCACCGCUACCACCGCCACUUCCCGCGUCCGAUUCGUCGCUGAAGAAUACCUGGUCACCACCUGCGGGCUCACCCCAGCGCAAGCGGGCAGGGCCUCCAAGAACCUCACCCACCUCAAGUCCCCGGUCCAACCCGACGCUGUCCUCGCCUUUCUCGCAGGCGUCGGCCUCGCCAAAGACGACAUCGCCGCUGGAAUCGCCAGGUACCCGCGGCUCCUCUGCUCCAAGGUGGACAAAACCCUAACCCCUCGCUUCGCUCAGCUCAUCAGCAUUGGGCUAUCCCCUCCCCAAAUCUCCCGCCUCAUGGCCAUCGUCCCCAACAUCUUCGGCGCUCCCAAAAUGAUUUCCCACCUCCAGUUCUAUCUCUCCUUCAUGGGUAGCUUCGAUCUGCUGCACUCCGCCAUCAAGAUCAAUCGGAUCCUCCUCGGUCGGAGCCUUGAGAAUGUGGUCAAGCCUAACAUAGCAUUCCUACAGCAGUGCGGUCUAACUGCCUCUAACAGUUUAGAGUUCCCAAUACUGAUAUCCAUGAAGCCCGAGAAUGUCAGGGAAAGGGUGGCAUGUGCUGAGAAGCUUGGUGUGCCGCGCAAUACAGGGAUGUUCAAGAGUGCCUUGUGGGCCGUUUGUUGCGUUGGUCCCAACUCCAUUGGUGCAAAAAUGGAUGUCAUGAAGGCGACUCUUGGAUGCUCAGAGGCAGAGCUGGCUUCUGUGGUGCGCAAGUUUCCCCAAAUUCUGAGGAUAUCAGAAGGCAAGCUGAGUAGCACAAUGAAGUUCCUGAAGGUGGAUGUUGGGUUGAAGGUUCAGUACAUCUUGGGUAGGCCAGCAAUACUGGGCUAUAGCAUGCAGAGGCGGCUGAUGCCCAGGCAUUAUUUCAUCAAGAUUCUGAAGGCGAAGGGGCUUGUGAAGGAAAACAUUGACUUUUAUAAUACUGUUUGUUUAACUGAGAAGAGAUUUGUCCAGAAGUUUAUUGAUCCUUACAACAAGAGUACUGCAGGGCUUGCAGAUGCUUAUGCUACUGCUUGUGCUGGGAAAAUACCUCAUGAAGAUGAGGUGCAUUUGCAGCAGCAUGCUAGGGAUACUGAGAAGCAAAGGCAAAGAUAGUCGGUCCAGUCUUCUCUGCCAGCCUCUUGCUGAACUAUUGUGCAGUUCCUUGGUGCACACCAAUUCUUGCAACAGAUGCUGCCUUUGUGUGCUGAAAUGAAAGACCUAUAAUUUCAGGUAAGCCAUUUUCAGAUGGAUAUAAUGAUAUGUUACUCUGUGCUCUCUGUGUUUCAGGUCUAAAUGUUGGCUGUACUUGAAUUAAGUUAUGUAUGAACUUGUCACACUGUUAAUUAUUUUUUAUUUAAUCAAAUAUUUCAAUCUGAAGUAUGAUUCUUAUUUCAAUAUUAUAAACAAUAUUUUCAA